UUGCUUUUUGUUGGUUAUCAAAAAAGAUUAUUUUUAUCUGAUAUCCAAAAACAUACAAAUUUGGUUUUAAUUGACUAUUUUAUUGACAAUACUAUUUGGUUAAUAGUCUGUAAUUUUAAGUGUUAUUUUUAUUGUUUGUUAUUUUUGUGUAAUUGAGUGAUCGCUUAAAUGCCAACUCAAUUGAUAUGAAACUUCUGGAGAGCAGUCGUUUUGAAGCACUUAAUAGUGCUCUUCAUUUUGAUGCCGAUCAGUAUGAGAUCAUUGCCCGAGUUGAGAUCUAUUCGUGCAAAAUGGCUGGCAAUGAGAAGAAGCUCUACAAGACUAUGAACUCAGGAGAUGGCAAAAGUCCUAAUGAUUUGCAGGCGUUAUCUCCUCCCCAAACAAUUAUGGCAAUCCCUAACAACAGUCCUAACAAAAUUUAUAGCCGAAGUCAGAGCUCAGAUGGAGAGGCAGGAGAAGGACAUCUUUGCGAUACAAUCAGCCGAAAAACACUUUUCUAUUUGAUUGCGACACUCAAUGCCUCGUAUCCGGACUAUGACUUUAGUAAUUCAAAAAGCGAUGAGUUUAGUAAAGAGCCGAGUAUUAAGUGGGUCAUGGAUGCGGUCGAUUCAAACUUUUUCAACACAACCGCCUGUCAGGCAUACAAUGCCAUUAAAGCUCAGCUAUGGUCGGCCAUUGACUGUGAGAUAACACUUUCCGAUUGUGACAUUUAUAGUUAUAAUCCUGACCUCAAUUCUGAUCCGUAUGGAGAAGACGGAUGCCUUUGGUCUUAUAAUUACUUUUUCUACUCCAAAAAACUCAAACGCAUUGUCUUUUUGACGUAUCGCGCAGUCAGCAAAAUGGGUAGUUAUGAGGGAUUGUCAAACAUUGACUGCUACGGUGACAACGACUUAGACAUGGAUGACGUUUAAUGAUAAAACGCUAUCGGAAUCUCGUGUUAACAGUUAUGAACAUUGCCUAACCUUCCUCUAUAUAUGUAUAUCUCUUUGCCCGACAAAAAUCAAUAUAUAAAAGCACAAUAUGUUUUAAUAUACUGUAUAAUCCAUCACACGAUAUAUACCUAUAUAUUUGUACCAAUUAUAUCA